AUGUCUGAAAAUUACUUUUACCUCAAUCGCAAUCAACCAAACCGUGUAUUAUAUUUCAAAGAAUGGCUCCCCAGUAUUUAUCUACCAAGUGUUAAAAUUUUGAGAAGAAAUAACGUUAAUGUUGCAGAAACCCAAUAUCGCCAAGAGAUUCGAGACGCUAUAACCACUUGUGGCGAGGAGCAACGUCGGACAUUUUAUAAGGAAGUUUGGACCAAAGAAAAGGAGAAGCGUCAAACUCUAGAACAAGAACGUAAUGUCAAUAUAAUUCAAGAAAAUAUCGAAUUUAUAUUAGGCAGAUGUAGAGCUAAGAUAGAAAAUGGUUGCUCAGAUACUAUCAUGCUUGCAUAUACCGAAGUUAUCCGCCAUUUGGAACGGUUGGAUUUGGCAUCGAUUAGACCAGAAGCUCCUCUAGCAUCCGGUGUUAUUGAUCUUUCGGGUAGUGAGGAUCCAUUUACAAAUUUAUUAUCAUCGAGGACAAAGCAGAUUUUGAUGCAUCAUACAUUCCAUAACGAUGAUUUCCCGGGAGAAAUAAAUAUGAUGAUGGAUGAUUUCGUAAGCACAUAUAGAGAUUUGGGACCCGAUUUCGAUCCAGUAUUCAUGGGACCAAUCGCUUUCCCACAUGGGGAGAUGACCGUUGAAACCAGACGUAUACUGAUGACGGUUUUUGACUUAUUAGAAGGAUUACCGUUGUUGACAGAAGAUGAAUAUAGCGAGAAUGCUUAUGUGAUCCAUGCAGUAUCGAAGGUUCUGGACCCAAUCCUCAAAUAUUCAAAAUGGCCACUCAAGCGUGCAUGGAUGGAACGGAUGGAAGCUACGAAUUCGGGGAAGAAGCCGGAUCUGCAGGUUUUGCUAAAGCUUGAUAUGGUAGAAAGUGAACUCGUACUUGCUGAAGUUUCACGAUUACUCCCUCAACAAAGUAAAGAAACUAUAGACUGGAAGAAAUUGGUACGUAUUUGCAAAGAUUGUUUUGAUGAGCGAUAUAAUUUUUUCUUUGAUGGGAGAGACGAUACCACCGACACGGCUAGAUCGUUAAAUAUCGAGCUAGGGAAAGUUCCCGUUUUAGGUAUCCAAAUCGUUGAAGAAUUUUUAAAGAAUGCUCUUAAAUUGAGAUCCGUGGUUGAAAAAAUUAUCGCAAUGGCGGUGGGUGUGAAAGAUGAAAUUAAUCUUUUGCCAGUAAUCGAAGAUCGGGCACCAUCAUCAUCAAUGAUGUCGACCACAUAUUCUCCACCAAGAAGUUAUUAG